AAUUGAUGACGUAUACACAUAAUGUUAUCCACAGACAGUCAGUCGCCCGCACACUAUCGCUUGGUGGAACGACAUGAGACAGUAAGAGUGGAGAUGCGGAAUAUUUGGGGGUCAUCAAUGGGAGAAGCCAGUUAAUAUUCAAGGCACUUAAUAUUGAGAUGUCUGACUCCUUUGCCCAGCCCAAACUAACUUCAACUCCAUUCCCAAAGAAGAGAGGAAGGAAGAGGAAGCAGGAUGCUCCUGUUCCCAGUGAGAGCCUCUCUGUUAUCGAGGUGGUGGGGCCACGACUGGCAUCACCAAGGCCGAUGUACACUAUCAAAUCCAAGUGGACUACAACUGAGAAGAGACAGCUGAUCUCCGCACUCAGAACAUGCCCCUGUGAAGAAAGUCUGGAGAAAGUCUACAACAUGGUCCCGAGUCGAACCCAUCAGGAGGUUGCAGCUGAGGUGCUACGGUUGCGGAACUCGGUCGUCCAACAAGGGCCAGACUUGCAGACUCCUAUUGAAACCUGGCUUGACUUUGCCCGGGAGAUGGUUCAUUAUGAGGAGGAGGAUCUCUCUCGGAGCAUGGCGAGGGCCAUGUCAAUAGUGUCCAAUUACGAGAGCUUUUCACAACCUGAAGAUGCAAUGUCCCCCAACUAUAAACAGCUCUACAAGUAUCUUACAGCAGUGCUCAAUGGAGAUGAGCCACCCAAGUUAUCUCCCUUAGAUUCUGCUGUGAUGCUGGACCUGAUGCACAGUCUGACGGACGUGCUGAGUACGACGGACACAAGGCUGCAGCGGAAGGUGAUGAAGUGGAAAUUCUCCAUGUUGAACUGCAAAGUGGACAUCAAUAACUUACAGGACACUGCUGCCAGAACUCGAAGAGCUCUCACAAAUGUGUUCCCAGACGACUUCAACUUCCCUUCUCAGGUCACCAGUGAAAGGAAAGAAUCAACUCCCUCAGUGCCAAACUCAGACCAACAGAAUCUCUCAGCUACCUCAACUGAACAAAGGGAGGCAACUCCUGGUCCUUCUGGUGACACUACCACUGAGCCUCCAAAGAAGAGAGGCCCCGGGGAAGGUUAGAAAGGGAGAUCCUCCCCUGGAGAAACCCCUACUUUAUUCUCUCAAUCCCUUCUGUGUGCCGGUGGAGGUGCUCAAACUACGGUCCAAGAAAAGGUUGCUGAAGUCAUGAAUGUAUAUUUUUAUGUGUAAAUAAAUCAGUUUAUCAAAUUG